GGUACCCGAACCUUGGAUGGACUGGCCCUGGCAGAGAAACGAGCAGCGGAACCCUGUUAGCCAACGAUGCGAUAGCUCUCUCAACAACUGUUCAUUCGAGCGUGAACAUGUCCAACGGCGCUGACUCCCUGGUCAAUGUGGAGAAGAGCGGGGAAGUGGAAUCAUGACCACUCAUGCCAUACCGAGACAAACACAGAGAAAGCAAAACGAACAAGCUCUCUGAGACCGUCAGCCGCUGAAGAACGUGCCCGACUUCCAAACUUCACGACAACAACAACAGGCGAAAUUUUUUAGCACGCACGGCAUCCCCACCCCCCAAUGUGAUUGAUUGCUUUACGAAGUUCUGCCGCCGGCUCUCGCCCCCCUCCGCCCAUAAAGAAAAGAAAACAAAAUACCGGACACAACCCUGACCCCCCGUCCCCGAAAUGUGCCCUUCCGUCCCCGAGUGGUUCCCUCCCGUCCCCGACAUGUGCCCCCCGUCCCCGACGAUAUUCCCAACCUGCGGAAGAGUUUCAGUUUCUUCAACUCGCCUGGAGAAUUUCUUCUUCAGCGCCGGCGGAUGCGCCUUGCCUGGACGAUCUGCCGGCGUACCGCCAACAACUCCCGCCUCACCCGCGCCACCUCCGCCUCCGCCGUCUCCGCUCGGUGCUAUAUACAGGCCAGGCACACGAGACGCGAGCUCCUCUGCUCGGGCCAGACGCAAACGCAACGCGGCGACCUCCUCCUCCUCCGCCAAACGCAACGCGGCGACCUGCUCCUCCGCCAAACGCCGAGCAGCGACGAGCGACGCCAGCCUUCCCGCAUCGGGGAUUGGGGCUGCUGGUGGGGCUGCUGGUGGAGAGGAAUAUGUUAAGCUUAACCGACAUCGACGAGAACCGCAAAGCGCAGCAACUUCAUACCAAUCACGCCGAAGGCAUGGACUUCACAGCGGACCAGCGCCCAUAAGAGAACACUCAUCUCGUCCUUACCAGGGGGAGCCACUGAAGCAAGCGAGCGAGAAACAGGCCGUUAGCAACCUUCCUUUAUUCGGCAUUCCUCACACGCCACAUUCGCUCUUACCUUCAUCACCCACUUCCACGGAAGUGAGAACGGCAACGGGAGGGACGACUUGGGGCUGAGGGCGAGCCGCGCGCCAGUCUCCUCCAAGCCCUAGGCACGACAUACCGAGGACAUUAGUUUUCGGACGCGCCAUUCAUUGUGACGCGAUUGUCAGCAACACCAUGAGAACGAUUACAACCACGAAACGUACCAAGAGCGGGGCCUCCGAACGCACGCCGCAAGGUGGCGGUCGUGCGCGCGG